UAGGAGGGGUGAGGAGAAUGGACCAUCUAUCUUUCCCAAUCUCACGAUCUGUGUUUACAACUAAAGGGUGGAGAAGUGUGAGGAAGAGAUGCAGGAGGGAGAGCGAGCGAGUGAGGGAAAGGGAAGGAGAGGGGUAAAAAGGAGUGAGAAAUAGAGAGAGUAUGAGAGAGGGAGAGAUUGAUAGCAUGUCAGGACUCAGUAGCUUCCUGUUUCUACACUCUACAUUAUACCUUUCAUUUGGACCCUGUCCAGCCAACAGGAAUAGCAGCGUGUGAGGGGACAGCUUCCCCUGCCCUGUCGGAAACAGGCUCCUGCCCAGAAAACAAACAUACACAAUUACACACACACACACACACAUACACACGUGUGCUGCGGAGAGGACUGUCGACGCAGGGGUGCAUCAUGAAGUCUCAGCAGAAAUGCAUCGUAAUCUUUGCGUUGGUGUGCUGUUUCGCCGUGCUGGUGGCCUUGAUCUUCUCAGCGGUGGAUGUCUGGGGAGAGGAUGAAGACGGUAUAACAGAGGAGAACUGUAACAAGAACUGCAGGGUAGUGCUUGUGGAGAAUAUUCCAGAAGAUGUCACCUUCUCUGAGAAUGCUACGUCCCACCUCCCCCUCUCUGCUGGGCUGCACAGCCUGUUGGACCUGGCAGUGGCUGGUCACUCUGUGGAGAUUGUGUCACCUCAAUGGAACCUGAACUCCUCCAACUAUGAAUCCAGAUUCCUACAAUCUUCUAGGCAGGGUGAGGCUUUGCUGCAAAGACUGCAGGGGCUGAAGAAGAAGGGAAUCAAUUUGAAGAUAGCCAGUGGAAUGAUCAACUCUUCAGAGCUGAAGAGCCUGUCUCGUCACAGUGAGGUACACUAUAUUAACAUGACAGCCCUGACCAAAGGCUUUCUGCACUCUUCUUUCUGGGUGGUGGACAGGCAGCACAUCUACAUCGGCAGCGCCACCAUGGACUGGCGAUCACUGUCCACGAUGAAAGAACUGGGCAUCAUCGUCUACAACUGUAGUUGCCUGGCACUGGACCUGCACAGGGUAUUCAACCUCUACUGGCAGCUGCAGUAUAAGGACUUUAUACCGUCCAUGUGGUCCAAAAGGCUGAGCGCCCUGUGGAACAAAGAUGAGAACCUUCCGCUUCUCUUCAACAACACCAAGGCUGAAGUCUUUGUCUCUAGCUCUCCAGAUGUCUUCUGCCCUAAAGACAGGACCAGAGACCUUGAUGCCAUAUCCUACGUGAUCCAAAAGGCCAAGAGGUUCAUCUUCAUAUCCAUUACAGACUACCUGCCUCUCACUAACAGGAAUGCUCACAGAUACUGGUCACGUAUAGACGGGAUGCUUCGGGAGGCCUUGAUCCUGAGGAACAUCGAAGUGCGUCUGUUAGUAAGCUGCUGGGAGCAGACGCAUCCCCUGACCUUUAACUUUGUGUGGUCCCUGAAGACCCUGUGCAUGGAGCUGGCCAACUGUUCGAUGGAGGCUAAGUUCUUCAGCCCCAGGGAGCAGAGAGAUGGCACGCUACAGGGAAUCAACCAUAACAGAUUCAUGGUGACAGACAGUGCUGUGUACAUAGGCAACUUUGACUGGGUGGGGAAUGAGUUUACGUUCAACGCUGGAGCAGGCAUGGUGAUCAAUCAGGCGGAGGGGGUGAAGGAGAAGAACUCAACGUUGGUGGAACAGGUGAGGGCUACGUUCCAGCGGGACUGGUAUUCACGCCACACCAAGAGCCUGCAGGCUAACAAGAUCCCAGUCUGCAACAAGCACCAGCUCAACCAACUGGCACAUCUCAAAAUCGCUCAACCAACAGAGAGCAAUGGGAGUAAGGAGAGUCCCAAUGGCUCCCUGUGAAUCCGAAGACGUGGUGCGUUACAAGACUGAUUUAUGCAGGCUUUAAGAGAAAAAUAACAGUUUAAUGCUGAAAUCGGACACUGUAGACAUAAUAUAGGACUUGGAGGGCAUUUGUUCAUCUAUUGAACCUUCUGCAUAUUUCAUCCUGACUGUUUCUUACAGAAGACAUUCGUGGGAAGGGAACUGAUCAAAUAAAUGGAUUUUCUAUUGACUGCUGAACCUCAGUAAAUAUAGUUCAUUGUUAAAUCCAUUUUGCCAAAAAUGACAUCAUUCAUCACAACCCUUUUAAAACCCUCCCUGGCCAAAGCAGGUUGGAGCUGCAUGGACAGUAGUGUGGAGAUAUCCUAUACAAAUCUAUACUCCAAAAGGUGUUUACCUGGUGUGUCUUCAAUAUUAAUUUACAAAGUGCAGCAUACCUCCAACCUCUUAAGUAAAAGUUGCAUAGUCUUCUAUUCUGUAUAUUUUCUUUGUUGGAAACACUCAAUAGGGUAGAACUAGAUAUUUAACUUGUGAUAGAGCUUUAGGGCUGUUAUGUUUUUCACAUGAUCAAAUCAUUUAUAUAUUAUUCAUUAUUUUUAAAAUGUACCUUUCUGUACUCAAAAGGUGAGCGUCUUGCUUCCUGGAAAGUGUUGAAACCACCAUGUCCCUGGACAGUACUUAGUUUGUAAUGGAAAUGCUAUCAUACACCGGUCUUAUGCAUAGGUUAAAACAAAAACCAACUGCAGAGGUCAAUAGCAUACUAACAUUGGAAGGAGCUGCCCUUUAAGGUCUAAGACAGGGAUGGGCAACUGGCGGCCCCCCUUUUGUAGGCCCACGGAUCAAUUUUCAAAGCCUUAAAACAAAAAAUCUGUUAGGGUCUCAACUUACUGUUGAGUUAGAAUAGUAGAAUAAACAAGGUGACCUUUUGAAAUGUGGUUGUGCAUCAGCAGUUUCUUUCGUUAUGUCAGUCACUGACAGUCACCCAAUUAGCCCCAUGUCAGCAAAAACAACUGUGAUUGUAAGUUAGCUGGCCGCAAGACUAACUAAACUUUUAGUAAUCAUGGUUGAAUUACCGAUUUGGGGGGCCUCCAUUAAUGUUAGUCACAUCAUAUUAAAAACUGCAAACCUUUCUCUCCACCCCAUGACAAAAUUUGUAGAAUUGCAUGAAAUGAGUUCUAAAAUUGAGAAAUCUUCUCCGCCUCAUGGCAAAUAUGUAUAGAAUUGCAGGAAAUUAACUCUGAAACGUAUAACUUCCACUUAAUGGCCCCCAAAAGGCUCGGGCUCUGAUUGCAUGUGUGAGUAUGGAUGUGGGUUACACAGACCCGUGAGCCACUGUGGCCCCCUAUGAUGAGUUCAGCUUUGUUGUGGCCCCCACCCCCAUCAAAGUUGCCCAUCCCUGGCAUAAGGUAUUUGUUAGGUAAAAUUACAAGACAAUGAUUUUACCUAAUGGAAUAUUGGUCAUAGAUUCCCAAGGUCUUCAUGAAUAAUUAGGUUUAUUAGGUACAACUGGAAAAGGGUGUUGAACCAGUGGGACAACUGUAGCUCUCUUUAAAAACAGAUGUUGACUUAUAGAACAGAUAUUGUAAAAAACUAUUGGAUCCGAUUUCAGUCAGUAAGAUCAAUAGCAUGACUUUUUAAAGACUGCUAAACACCAUUUCCAGUUCCCCCAAGGACAUGUUUUGAAAUAAGACCUUAUGCAUUGGACUUAACACCGGCAGAGAAAGUAACCACAGCAACUCUUUACACCACCCGCAUGAUAAACUUUGCGCCUGAACAUCAAAAAUGAUCAACUACAGGAGUAGUAGUUGAACACCUUGAUCAACACCUUUUUAUGAACAUGUCACUCCAAUGACUAAAUACUGUAUGUAAUAGGCCUAUCUGUGGUGUUUGAUUGGCAUUACACUUCUAUUAAUUCAUUUUCAUCUGUCUUUUCAUCGUCUUUUUACAGUAAUAUAAUGGGAGAAUACUUUCUCCAUGUUUACAGGUGGUUCUCUUCACACAUUAUUUUAUAACUGCGGUUCUGUUAUAUCAUAUUUUGAUACAAGAAAAAUAUUAAUAGUUAAUUGAAAAAAUAACAAUGCACGUACUUCCUGAAAAUUUUAAUACAUUUGUCAGCGUUAACCAGUACAUAAAUGUAGCAUUAACACAUCUAUGAUGUACACUGCUCCUAUGGCAGACAAUGUUCUUAAUCUGACAGUAAAUAUCUGUACAACAACUUACCCUUUAACUACAGGUAACUGCCAAAAUAAAGGAAACAUCAUCAGAGUGUCUUAAUAGGGCGUUGGGCCACCACGAGCCGCCAGAACAGCGUCAAUGAGCCUUGGUAUCGAUUCGACAUGUCUGCAACUAUUGGAGGGAUGCAACACCAUUCUUCCACGAGAAAUUCCAUAAUUAGUUUUUUUGUUGAUGGUGGUGGAAAACGCUGUCUCAGACGCCGCUCCAGAAUCUCCCAUAAGUGUUCAAUUGGGUUGAGAUCUGAUGACUGAGACACACACACACACACACGCACACACCCUUUAAACCCCCUAUGCUCCUUUGAGACCCCUCUUUCAAAGGCACAGAUAUCUCUUCUAGCCAUGGUAGCCAAACUAACGGGCAACUGGGCAUUUGUAUACAUGACCUUAAGCAUGAUGGGAUGUUUUAAUUGCUUAAUAAACCAUGAACCACAACUGUGUGGAAGCACCUGCUUUCAAUAUAUAUACUUUGCAUCCCUCAUUUACGCAAGUGUUUCCUUUAUUUUGGCAGUUACUUGUAUGUCCUCAUGCCAUAAAGAGGUAGUCAAAGGCAUCGAACUGCUGUUGGUGCAACAGUCCAGAGUAGGCUACUUUAUAUAUUGUUUUACGAGUGCAUCAAUAGUGACUGUCAAUGAUCUGUUUAGGAAUGCACUUUGUCACUGUACACGAAACAUGUUUUCUUCUUCAAUUGCUGGCAAACCUUCAGUCACUGUAUUGCUCUUGAUGUAGCAAUUCUGCGAUUAACAUUUCCUAAGCUAUACAUCGAACCCAUUCAUAACAGAUCAAAGCAAACCAAAUUUGGGGUGUGUCCCAGAUACAACCUACAGUAUAAACUGUCCCUGAUUCACUGUUGCCACCUAGAGUUAGUUUAAGGAAAGACUAUUUCUCUCACCUGCAAACAGGCACAAAGGGUGUCUGAAUACAAAGUAAAGAUGAAUGAAUAGUCUUGGUCCUCAUCAUCACUUGCACAUUAGACAGACAGCCUACAUUUUAUUAGAAUAGUCUCCUGUGUAGUUUGAAAAAUGUUAGAUUAGAUUUGAAAAUCCACUGUAGGCAAACAUGUCAUACACUACUACUGAAUGGUAAAUUAAUUCAUUUAAAAGGUAUGAUUGUAAUAUUGUAAUAAUAGCUUGGAGGAUACCACUGUGGUCAAGGUGAUUUACAGUUAAUUUAAAAGCACAUUGCAUAAUGUGCUUUUAAUAAGGGCGAGAACGGAGCAAAUGGAAUGGCAUUAAACCAUGUGUUUGAUGUAUUUGAUACCAUUCUACUAAUUCCGCUCCAGUCAUUACCACGAGCCCGUCCUCCCCAAUUAAGGUGCCACCAACCUCCUGUGUUGAAGACAUUGAUUGGGCUGGUUCGACAUUGCAGCCGACAGUGCAGGCGACUGCCAACUGACUGUUCUACAAAUCACCUUGCAUCGUAAAUAACGGCUUAUUAUUUGUUGAUCAGUCAGUCACAAUUGACCCAUAAUACAUUACGGUUUUGAUGCUCUCGAACAUGACCAUUCAUUUCGAUACUAUUACAGUACAAUGACUGCCCUCUGGAGGACAAUGUCCCACCAGUUAAUUAUAUACUGAAUACAAAUAUAAAAUGCAACAUGUAAUUUUACUGAGUUACAGUUCAUAUAUAGAUAAUCAUCUGUUGGUCACAGACCUUAAAAAAAGAUGAUAGCAUCAGAAAACCAGUCAGUAUCUGGUGUGUUGUGCUGCAUAAGCCAAAUGGUGGUCACAUCUCCUUCGCAUAGAGUUGAUCAGGGUGUUGAUUGUGGCAUGUGGAAAGUUGUCCCACCCCUCUAAUGGCUGUGCGAAGUUCCUGGAUAUUGUCGGAAACUGGAACACGCUGUCGUACACGUCGAUUCAGAGCAUCCCAAACAUGCUCAAUGGGUGACAUGUCUGGCGAGUAUUCAGUCCAUGGAUGUUGAACUGGGACAUUUUCAGCUUCCAGGAAUUGUGUACAGAUUCUUGUGACAUGGGGCAGUGCAUUAUCAUGCUGAAAUAUGAGGUAAUGGCGGCAGAUAAAUGGCACGACAAUGGGCCUCAGGAUCUCGUCACGGUAUCUCUGUGCAUUCAAAUUGCCAUCGAUAAAUGCAAUUGUGUUCGUUGUCCAUAGCUUAUGCCUGCUCAUACCAUAACCGCCACCAUGGGGCACUCUGUUCACAACGUUGACAUCAGAAAACCGCUCACCAACAUGAUGCCAUACACGUGGUCUCCGGUUUUGAGGCAUAUUGGACGUACUGCCAAACUCUAUAAAAUGACAUGAGGGCGGCUUAUGGUAGAGAAAUUAACAUUCAAUUCUCUGGCAACAGCUCUGGUGAACAUUCCUGAAGUCAGCAUCCCAACUGCACGUUCCAUCAACUUGACACAUUUGUGGCAGUGUUGUGUGAUAAAACUGCACAUUUUAGAGUGGCCUUUUAUUGUCCUCAGCACAAGGUGCACCUAUAAUGAUCAUUAUGUUUACUCAGCUUCUUGAUAUGCCACACCUGUCAGGUGGAUGGAUUAUCUUGACAAAUGAGAAAUACUCACAAGGAUGCAAACAAAUUUAUGCACAAAAUUUGAGAAAUAAUAUUUUGGUGCGUAUGGAAAACUUCAGCUCAAGAAACAUGGGACCAACACUUUAUAUGUUGCAUUUAUAUUUUUGUUCAGUGUACAUUACACCAUCUGUUUCCAAAUGUACAAAUAAGCAGAGUAAGUUAUGCCUUACAAAUAUGUUCUUAGUCAUAAUACAACAUACUUUUUUUGCUUAAUUUUGGCAUGCCCACUGUUGCAUGCCCUGCCUUUAUGAACUGUAGGACUAAAGUACAAUAGACACCCUUAUUUUAACAAUAUAUAUUUCAAAAUACAAAAUGAGUGUAUAUUUAUUGUAUAACCUUGAUGCCUAUAUCGAAUUGAUACAUUUAAUGUUUACUCUUAAUAAUAAAAAAUCUGAUAUGUA